AAUGCUGACCACCCUCCCCUCUCCACCAUCUCUCUUGAGCUGGAAUCCCUUCAUCAUCAAUCAUACUUUGCUUCACAAAAAAUAUCAAUUAAAACUUCCCAAUUAGCUUCUUCCCAUUCUUAAUUCAUCUCUUCGAAUCAACUCCAGCUCUCCACCUCUGCCUCGCUCAGGCCAAGGUCUCAACCCGCCGUUCACCGGCCCGUUCCGGCCGGCCCCUUCAACUCCUCCCCUCGCCUCGCCGGAACAAUUGAAGGAACAGAAGACCGAUAAAACAUGGAGAAGAAAGGAACCAUCUUGAUGCAGAAGUACGAGCUGGGGAGGCUGCUCGGCAAGGGAACUUUCGCGAAAGUCUACCAUGCGCGGAGCUUGAGCUCGGGCCAGAGCGUCGCCAUCAAGGUCAUCGACAAGGAGAAGGUUCUCCGCGUCGGCUUGAUCGAUCAGAUCAAGCGCGAGAUCUCCGUGAUGCGCCUCGUCCGCCACCCGAACGUCGUCCAGCUCUACGAGGUCAUGGCGAGCAAGUCGAAGAUAUAUUUCGCCAUGGAGUACGUUAAAGGAGGAGAACUCUUCAACAAGGUCGCCAAGGGGAGGCUCAAGGAAGAAGUCGCCCGCAAGUACUUCCAACAACUUGUGGGUGCGGUGGAUUUCUGCCACAGCCGUGGGGUGUACCACCGCGACCUGAAGCCCGAGAACCUCCUUCUCGACGAAAAUGGAAACCUGAAGAUUUCCGAUUUCGGGCUGAGCGCCCUCUGGGAGUCGAGGAGGCAGGACGGGCUGCUCCACACAACGUGCGGGACUCCGGCCUAUGUUGCUCCGGAAGUCAUCAACAAGAAGGGCUACGACGGCGCCAAGGCCGAUACAUGGUCCUGCGGCGUCGUCCUCUUCGUCCUUCUCGCCGGCUAUCUCCCUUUCAAUGAUCCAAAUCUCAUGGAAAUGUAUAGGAAGAUAAGCCGGGGAGAGUUCAAGUGCCCCCAGUGGUUCCACCCCGAGGCCAGAAAGCUUCUUUUGAGAAUAGUAGACCCGAACCCGAGCACCAGGAUCACUGUGGCCAAGCUCAUGCAGAAUCCUUGGUUCAAGAAGGGGUUAAAAAGUGUCGAGUUUCGCAAGACUGGGGAUGAGAGGGCGUCGGUUAACGACGUUCAGGCCGCCUUCGAAUCGUUGGAGGGCAACACCGAGGACAGAUCAGCAGAGGCCACAACAAGCAGCAGCAACAAUAUGAAACCAACAUGCCUCAAUGCAUUCGAUAUUAUAUCCCUCUCGCCGGGGUUCGACUUGUCGGGUCUGUUCGAGAAGGACAUGGAUCAGCGGCCGGAGUCUCGGUUCACGACCACAAAGCCGGCGUCCACGAUCGUUUCAAAGCUGGAGGAAAUAGCAGAGAUGGAGAGGUUUAAGGUGAAGAAGAAGGAUGGAACGGUGAAGCUGCAGGGGAACAAGGAGGGAAGGAAAGGGCAGCUCACCAUAGCAGCCGAAAUCUUCGAAGUAACCCCGGCAUUAUACGUGGUGGAGGUGAAAAAGACGGCCGGGGACACGUUAGAGUACCAGGAUUUCUGUAACCAGGAAUUGAAGCCUUCUCUCAAGGACAUAGUUUGGGAAUGGCAGGGAACAGAACAGCAGCAACAGCAGCAGCAGCCGCAGCCGUAGCCAUUUUAGGACUUCUUCAAUUUCCUGGAGCUAAUGUGCCAUCCAGUGCUGUUAAAACUUCUUUUUUUCUUUAAAAAUUUUUCUGUGUUAUGGAUUUGGGUUUUAUGUCUUUUAAGUUCGGGAGGUUGUAGAAAUUGUUUUGCUGAGGGAUCUUAUGACAGUUGAGAUUGCAGCAGAGUAAAUAUAGUUGUUUUAGAGAACUCUGAUUUGAAUAUUGUCCAAUAAAUCAGAUGAAUGUAAAGUUGUGUUCGACAGUAUGUAUCGGAUCUGCAUGAUUUUA